AAAUCCCUCCCACAAUGCACCGCUUACAUGGGCUGAGCAGCCAGAGAGGAGAACAACGGAGCCACUUAUUUAUCCCAAACAAACAGCGUGGACACUUCUAAAUUACUAGAAAGGGAGCCGAAGAUAUUUGUCGUCGUCGUUGUUGUUUAUUUGCAACAUUGGUAGAAAGUUUAGGACAUAUGCAGCGGUGAUAUCCACUCCUAGCGGCAGCUGGUGGCGGUGCUGUUAGCAUCAGCUAGCCAGUUAGCUGGCUUUGACUGACGGGGGAAGCCGUGCGAAAAGCUGCGGGUAACAUCAGGCGGCCGCAAAACAAACAGACAAAAGAAAGGGGAUUUUUAAAAGGUUUUAGAAAGUUGGAAUCAUAUGUAGUAUUGCCGAUAGGGACCUCGGUUGCGUAGUAAGCUAGUUAGCAGUGAGUUUGAGGCGACUCGCUAACUUAAAUUCACAUACGACUGGGUGGUCUCGGACUGACAUCUGUAAAUACUGGAUUUAAGGAGCUUUAGCUAACGUAGCUUGAAAACACACACAAUGAGCACAGAAGAGACCGCAGCGCCCUCAAAAGCAGCCCCGGAGGAUGAUGGAAUGACCUGGUGGUACAAAUGGCUCUGCAAAAUCGCUGGGGUUUUGGGAGGAAUAUCCUGUGCCGUCUCAGGAGUGUGGAACUGUGUCACUGUGAACCCUUUAAACAUUGCUGCUGGCGUGUGGAUGGUGUUGAAUGCCUUCGUGCUCUUCCUCUGUGAAGUGCCGUUCUGUUGCCAGUUCAUAGAGUUUGCUAAUGCUGUGGCAGCCCGUGCAGACAAACUCAAACCCUGGCAGAAAGCCUUCUUCUACUGCGGGAUGGCUCUGUUUCCUGUGUUCUUGAGUUUCUCCUUUACAACCCUGUUUGGAAAUGCCAUCGCCUUUGCCACAGGGGUUCUGUACGGCCUCGCAUCUUUAGGCAAAAAGGGAGAUGCAGUGACUUAUGCCAGGCUGCAGCAUCAGAAACAGGGGGAUGAAGAGAGGAUGACAGGAACGACAAACGGAGCUCCGGAGUGAGACGCCUGCCUUUCUCCCCUCCUCUUCCUCUCUCCUCCUCAGUUCUUACACUUGAUUUUUUUCUCUCUGUCCUCCAUCCAUCCUACCUCUUCCCCCUCACUCCUUUCCCCACCGCAUAACAGUUGUACUGAGUUUAUUUAUUGACUUUAAAUAUGUGUUGUCCUGAGCUAGUAGUAUCCAAACCGACUGAUAGUGGAUUCAGCCCAUUAUUUGGUACCUGCUGUGUAAAUGGGAUUUAUCAUUUGUGACUUGCGACCUGACGUUUUGUUUUUAUGUUUUUAAUUCUUCUUAUGGGUUGUGUUUCUUAUUUGUUUCCGUUUGUUGCUUCUGUCAGUUGCUGUGUUGGCAGGAACAUUUUUAAUGUACAUCUCUGAAGCCCAAAAGCCUUUUUCAGGAAUUCUGAGUAGAAAUUAAUGUGAUUGUAAAAUGUACAUAAUUGACUUCAGGUUAUUCACUCGGACUCUGAGGCUGUUAUUCAGAGUUGUGUGACAGACUGAGAUAAAGAGAGGUCAAAUGAUGCUCAGACUUGCUGCCAGCGUCCUGCUUUUGGUAGCAUGUCCCACUUCAUGUCACUUUAGCAGCCAUGCUACCAGAGUGGGUGUUUGGUACAGCCUGGAGAACAGAAAUACUCCGUGCACAGCGUCAUCAGCAAAAUAAAGGGACUAAUAAUCACAAUAUAUCCAGGUAAAAAGCUGUGUGUUUCACAAAAGAAGAGCCGAGGGUUAGAAGUUACAACACAAGUCGGGCUGCUGUGUCCAAGUGCUAGAGCUGCAUUGUCAGUCAGACUUUCUGUUUCUCAGUCGACUCUCAAUCUUUUAUUCAACAGAAGGUGAGUUUCUCCAUUGUUACGGCUAGUAUGAGAAUGAAAAAGUCGAGCCACUGACGUCCUGUAUUCACAUAUGACUGGGAGUCUUAGAAGUUUGAACUCAGUCGAGGCUUAACAUCAUUUUUGAUGAAAAACAGUAGACCCGUGUGUAUUUAUUUGUUUUAUAUUAUUAAUUUAUCUUUUUUGUCUUUGUGUUGCUUAAUUUGUUUAAAAAAAAAAAGAACAAACUGCAUGACUUCUUAAAUUAUUCACGUCCUCUACACUACAGAUGUGUAGAUAACCUCAAGUGUUUCCUUAACGUUUUCAUUGUGUUUCAGCCCCAGAAUGUUUAUCCUGAAUGAACGACUUUGUGUUGGAGAAAAAAAAUCCGGUCUUUUUGUUAAUUGUCGUUGAGUAUGAGUCAAUAUAAGUGCAUACGGAAAUGAGCACAGUGGUUUUGGUAUUACAGCUUCAAUCCCGCUGUUUACACACAACUCUGAACUGCAGCCUGAGUGCAUCUGUAAACACAUAUAGGCAGUAGGGAUAUUUUUAACAGAGCGGAAUGUAUUUGGUACACCCAAAGAUGGAGACCUUUUAUCUUUAUUUUGGUUUUCUGCUUUUAUAUAUCCAUUUUUCAGUUGGUUUAAGCUCAGUUGCCUGCACUAUACUUGGGGUAGCUUUCAGUGCAUGGCUCAGCUCAGACGGUUCCUCGUGAUCACGCGAUUGAUAGCCGAGUCAUGGCUGCAGAUUUUUGUGCUACAUUAUGUAAUGAGAAAAUGGAAUGUGCACUCAUUUGUAAAAGCUUUUGUACCUUUUUUUUUUUCCUUUUAGGACCUGUUACUGAAUAUCUGUUGAUUAUUCCGUGUUUAGUAUAAGUCUUAAUUAGUACGCUCCACCAAAACGCAGGUACGACUUAAAAGGGGAAAUGUCUUGAAUCAGGGACUAAUUGGUUUGUAUCCCACACAAUCACCAGAGCCAGGGUUUGUCUUUGUCACUCAAAUGAGGUAAGCAGUGGAGAGCAAUGUACAAUUUGUUUUUGUUUUUUUUUGUUGUUGUUGUUCUUGCCUUGCCUCCGUUGUGUCAUCAGUAAAAAAGGAUGCUUUUGGAAUAACUGUUUACACAUACCUCUUACUGCUCUUUCUAUAACUAUCCGGCCAGUGACUGAGUGCAUUAUUCACACAUCACCACCAGCUCUCAGGUAUCAUACUUAGGGAGUAGUUGAAGCAUAGAACGUAGACAGAACUAGCAUAAGCACGACCACGAAAACACUUGAGCCAAUGGGAAAGCAUUUGUGAUGCAUUGAAAACGUGCACAACCAGCAUUCACAAAUGUUUCAACACUGCAUCCACACCAGUGAUAUGCUACAGCCUACACUACAGUUUGCUUUUCUUAUCCACAGCCAGCCAUCCACCAGUUUAUUUUUAAUGCGGUCACAUCCAGCGAGACUCGUGAAUUCACUGGUAUUCCACCUGCGGGCGUUGAGUGUAUCUUCUGCUGUAAGGGAUAUGUGUACAAUGUGUGUGUUGUGAUGUGAAUCCUGAUCCUCUUCUGAAUUAGUGAAUUAAACAAACUUGCUACUA